UUCCCACUCUUUAAGACACACCCCAUGUUCCACAAAAAGGGUAUAAGUGGAGGCUACCAAAGGAAAAUUCACAUCAGAAACAAAAGUAAAAAAUGGAGCUUGGGACACCCAAAAUACAGAAUUUUCUAAGGCUUUGUUCAAUCUUGCUCUUGAUUUUGGCAGCUUGUUUAGUAGGGUUUGAUUCUCAGACAAAGUCUAUUGUUUACCUUGAAAAGAAAGUGAGUUACAAGGUCUUGCAAGCUUUUCCAACUUUGGUGUAUGUGGAUGCUGUGGCUGCUGCUUAUAAUCUUCUUCAACUAAUAAGCAGAAUUUCUUUCUUAUCUGAGUACAAAGGAAGCUUUAAGAGUUCUUAUAGAUAUGUGUAUUGGUGUUGUUACUUGGUGGAUCAGAUUGCAGUGUACAUAACGUUUGCGGCAAGCUCAGCAGCACUAGAGCAGUCAGUUUUAGUAUUGACAGGAGCUGAGGCCUUGUAUUGGAUGAAGUGGUGCAACAAGUUUACCAGAUUCUGCUUCCAAAUUGGUGGUGCUUUGUUCUGCAACUACGCAGCCUGUGCUCUUAUGGCCUUCAUCUCCUCUAUUUCUGCCUUCAAUUUAUUUAGACUUUAUUCACCCAAACACUUUCUCGUCUUAAAGACCACUUAAUCUCUCUCAAAGACCUUAUGUUAGGUUUCAAGAUUUGAUGGUUGAGGAGAGACUGAGAUUGAAUACAAAUUGUGUAAGUAGCUGCGUAUGAGAUAUGGGUUAAUUGGAAUGUAUUUUCUUUUAAUUUACAAAAAAAAUCAUAUUUAAGUCAGCCGGAUUUUAUUUAUUUCUUGUUAUAAGCAAAGAUUACUAUUCUUAUCGCAGGAAAAGUCUUACCUA